AUGGAGGACGCUUCAAGUGAAUGCGAAGGACAGUUUUUGUUUCUUUCGAGGGAUGAAUUGUUUAAUGCUUUUGAAGAUUUUAAGAAAGAUACUUGCACUGGAUGGCGUUGCGUCUUUAAAGACUCAAAAUUUGGUAAGUUUGGUAAACUGUUCAAUAAUUCAUAA